CCGCUAGCCUGUCUCACCUCGCGGCCGGCAGCCUUGCGCGACGCGCCGCGCUCUUUUACAUUCAAAAUUAUUCGCAACCAUUGCAAAAACUCUCUGUGCAAUAAAAAUAUUAUUUCGUAUUUAGUUGCGUGCGGUCGCUAUUAGUAUUUAAAGCAGAGAGAGAUAUAAAACUUUACAAAAUAAAUUAAGUGCCUUUUAAAACUUUGAAUGCACUCCUCGUUGCAUGUCCCGCGCGCGUCGUUAUGAGAACCCCGUACUGGCGGUCACGUUGACGUCGCGCGGUGCCGCCAUAUCUGUCUCGGCCACCAACUAGCAAAAUUAAUAGGCUCAAAAACGUGUCACUUCACUAAAAGGAUGCAUUGACCCGCGAAUUCGCUUUUUAAAAUUUCGCCUUCACCCGGAUGGAAUGAGGAGUGCACUGUCCCAUUGUUUCACAGUUUCAUAUGUUUGAACAUCAUUUGUUUUUUUGUUUUUCGGACGAUUACAGAGUUAUCAUUUUCUUCCAAAAUUACAAAAAUUACAAAUUAAAGAAUGGCGGAGGGCAAUGGAGAAAUUUCCAUUGAAGAGGUACCUGGGAAGGACUCCGAAGUUGGCCGUACACCGGAUUACCGCAAACUCAUUGACUAUGGCUUGGAUCCUAAGGUAGCAGCCAAGCUGGACGAUAUUUAUAAGACUGGAAAGCUAGCGCACGCCGAACUGGACGAGCGUGCGUUAGAUGCCUUAAAAGAAUUUCCAUCCGACGGUGCUUUAAGUGUUCUUGGACAAUUUUUAGAUUCAAAUCUCGAGCAUGUAUCGAAUAAAAGUGCUUAUUUAUGUGGAGUCAUGAAGACCUAUAGACAGAAAAGCAGAGCGGGCGUGCAGGGCGCGCCCGCGCUGUCGGCCGCUGUCCAGGUCAAAGGGCCCGACGAGGACAAGAUCAAACAGAUCCUUGCCAGGACAGGGUACACGUUAGACGUGACUACAGGGCAACGCAAAUACGGGGGCCCGCCGCCGGGGUGGGAGGGCGGCACGCCCGGCGCCGGCUGCGAGGUGUUCUGCGGCAAGAUCCCCAAGGAUAUGUACGAAGACGAGCUCAUCCCGCUGUUCGAGCGCUGCGGCAGCAUCUGGGACCUUCGCCUUAUGAUGGACCCCAUGACGGGAACCAACCGCGGCUACGCCUUCGUCACCUUCACCACGCGCGAGGCCACGCAACGCGCCGUGCAAGAGCUCGAUAAUCACGAAAUAAAACCAGGGAAGACUCUGAGAAUUAAGAUUAGCGUACCGAAUCUACGACUUUUCGUCGGCAACAUUCCCAAGUCUAAAGGCAAAGAGGAGAUACUGGAAGAGUUUGGUAAAUUAACAGCGGGACUCGUGGAAGUUAUAAUAUAUAGUUCUCCUGAUGAUAAGAAGAAAAAUAGAGGAUUUUGUUUUUUGGAAUACGAGUCUCACAAAGCGGCGUCAUUAGCUAAACGUAGACUGGGAACUGGUAGAAUAAAGGUAUGGGGCUGUGAUAUUAUAGUGGAUUGGGCCGACCCCCAAGAGGAGCCAGACGAGCAAACUAUGAGUAAAGUAAAGGUACUGUACGUGAGGAACCUAACGCAAGAGAUAUCGGAAGAGGCGCUGAAAGAAGAAUUUGAACGUUACGGCACUGUGGAACGUGUGAAGAAGAUCAAGGACUACGCUUUUGUGCACUUCGAUGACCGGGACUGCGCAGUCAAGGCAAUGCAAGAAUUGGACGGAAAAGAAAUCGGAACGGCGCGGCUAGAGGUAUCGCUGGCGAAACCACCAUCGGACAAAAAGAAGAAAGAAGAGAUCUUACGCGCGAGAGAGCGACGCAUGAUGCAGAUGAUACACGGGCGCGGAGGAUUUGAUUGGUGCAGCUGCUCGCCCGUGCACGGCGCGCUGCGAGGCCGCACGCCGCAGCCGACGCAGCGCCCGCCGGCCGCGCGAGGCGACUACGGGGGCUGGGUCAUGUGGGACGGGCGCGCGCUGGGCGCGGCGCGCGGCGGGGGCGGCGGCGCCGGGCGCGGCUGGGGCCCGUGGUGGUGCGCGGCGCGCCGCGCGUGGCCGCCGCACGCCCAGCGCCAUGCGUGGCCACCCACGCGCCAAACCAAGUUUACCAGGUAAACGUAAAUACGACGGGGGUCACCAGAACCAAGGGGGCGAGACGAAGCGCCGCCUGGGCGCGGCGGCGGCGGCGGCGUGCGGCUGG